ACCAAGAUGGCGGCCGCGGAGCUUCGAGCAGCGGGAUUAAUCGUAUUUCGCCGGAAACGCUUUACAGGACCUUUCGAAUACCUUCUUCUACAAACAUCUUACGGAAGACAUCACUGGACACCACCUAAAGGUCAUGUCGAUCCCGGAGAGUCGGAUAUACAGACAGCUCUUCGAGAAACUGAAGAAGAAUCAGGACUGAAAGAAAGCAGUUUGAACGUCGUGAAAGAUGUACGAAAAACAUUGAAUUACGAGGUGCGAGGAAAGCCAAAGAUUGUAAUUUACUGGCUUGCUGAAUUAAGGGAUUACAAUACGCCCAUACAGCUCUCUCAAGAGCACCAGGAGUACAGAUGGGUGUCUGUAGAUUCCGCAUGUCAGCUGUUACAUGACACCACUGGGCAAGCAUUGCGUGAAGUAGACGAGGAACUGAAGAACAUAGCAAAGUUUUACACAGAGACAUACUGAGAAUGUUUUCAUCUGAAGCUAUCUAUAAAGUAGCACUUUCAUAUGCCUUUUGAAAGUGCAAGGGGUGGGGAGGGGAAGUUACAGGUUAUUUGUACUAAGGGAGUGGGGCUAAGGAAAGUGGCCAGUAGCAAAACUGCAUUUACAAAGUGUGGGUAAAGUACACACAGCCUUUGCAGUUUUUAUAUGUUGCAACAGCAAGGGGGACAAGCUUGUUUGUA